GGAGUUUUGACAACCGGCUAUGUCAAUUUGAUCUCUACCGUUGUACCAUAUCCAUACAACCGCUCGGCAUUGAAUUAAUUAAUUCAAAAUAUCCACGACAAUCAACAUUCACCCGUUGACCCGCAGUGAACACGUUUCGCUGCUUUGUCUGUUGAACGAUAUAUACGUCACAGGAACCCAGCAGGUUACAUACCACCAUCAUUCAGGCGUGAGCCUCCACCCUAUGGGAUGGAUAGCAACAAACGCGCCUACGCCAUUUUCUUUGGCUAUCUAGCAGCAUGCGCCGCAUUGGCUUUGUACAUCGUGUCGCGGCUACGCAGAACAUAUACGGUUCUGCAGAAAUCAAGGACGGCACGGCCACCUCCCAAAAAAUAUGUCUAUCUCUUCAUCCUCCUUGCCAUAGGUAGUCUGGGGACGACUUGGUACUUCAUGAUUCGGUUUUUCUACACAUCAUACGGGAAUUGGUUGAUGUGGAGGUCGUAUUAUGAUCUCACUCCCGAGCAAAAGCACUGGGGUCUAUGGUUGAAAGAAACGUCACUGUUCAAAGAAGCCUGGGAAAUCGCGCUCGUGGGUUAUGCUCGGUUCUGGUGGAGUAGCCAAAUUUUCUUCUUUGCAUGCGCCCUUGGUUUAGACCUGGAACAACAAGGAAUACGCCGUGGAAUCACACAUACUUGGACUUUUAUGCUUUUAGGGCAGAUAGUUGCGAUUAGCUUCGCAACUAACCUCUUUAUUCUCGCGCAACUGCUUAGUCCUCCUCCCCCGCCUGUGCAAUCCUCAGGUGGUAUUAAUAGGCGGUGGUUCGGCCCAUGGUUACUCAACUUUGGCGCGGUCGUUGCGACUAUUGUUCCAGCGUUCUUGCUCGCGGCGGAGGAAUACUGGUACGGUCACUCAUUCUUCCCCGUAUUGAUCACGCCUCAUGUUGCGCUCUUGGUGCUUCCCAUCAUCCGCUCGUUCCUACCAGCGAAGUAUUUCCAUGACCCCAAUGUCCAGUUCGCGAAUCGCGUCUACAAGUUCCUUUGGAUCCUCACAAUCGGAGGCGGUAUUCUGCUUGGACUCAACUCGACUGGAGCUGCAGUGCGCUAUGGAGGAUACAAUGGUCUCAAAGAUGCAUUGCUAGACCACCCGGCCGUGAGUAGUGUCGGCUUCGACGUAAUAUUUUGCUGGGUCACAUGGUUUGCUUGGUGGCUAGUGAAGAAAGCUAAUGCCAACGACGUAUUUGUUCGCGAGAAAGAGUCUGACGAGACCUGGGAGGCCUCUGGUACCGCUAUCUCUCAAAGUGAGGGCGGUGCAGUUCGUCGCCGCUAAGGAUACCUCGGGCGGUUUGAAGGUCACACAUUCCACAAGUCGUACGACAGUCGUUGAAAGCCUUUUUACACUUUCACGUCGGGCCUUCGGGCGUAAAUAAUCAAGGCGCAGGGUCAGCGGUGGCUAUGGUAUAGAAUAAGACGGAGUCAUGCAUAUCUCUCAAUAAUGCACCUUUAAGGUACUCAAAAACUCAAUAACAU